AAACCGACUCUUUCAUUUUCUUCCUCGGAUAACUCAUACGCUUACUUUCGUUCUUACUAAUCCACUCAUUAUUUAUUUCUCAAGAUUAGUAUGAAUCGGUGGAUUUUAAGCAAGUAUACCUAGAGAUAAGUUAGGCAGGAGGUAUAUAUAAAAGCUACCUCCUAUAGCAGGUACCUAACCCAGCCUUAUCUCCUCCUCUCUUUAAAUAGGAGGCACCUCCAGGUAAAAAAUUGGCAAGGUAACACAAGACACAAGACACAAGACACCACACAUCAAAUCAAAUCACAUCACAUCACAUUAUGACGAGCGCAGACGCCGCAAACGAGCAAAAAGCCCCCGUAAUCAUCGUGGGCGGCGGUCUAGCGGGGCUAGUAGCCGCGUUCGAGCUCUCGCAGCGGGGCGUGCGCACGAUAAUCGUGGACCAGGAGGGGGAGCAGAACCUAGGCGGGCAGGCGUUCUGGUCGCUAGGCGGGAUCUUCUGCGUGGACUCGGCGGAGCAGCGGCGCAUGGGCAUCAAGGACAGCCGGAAGCUGGCGCUGCGCGACUGGCUCGGGUCCGCGCGCUUCGACCGCCCCGACGGCCAGGACGUCUGGCCCCGCCGCUGGGCCGAGGCCUUCGUCGACUUCGCUGCCGGCGGCAUGGAGAAGUACCUCAAGGACCGCGGCGCCAGCUUCCUCGCCAUGGUCGGUUGGGCCGAGCGGGGGGAUGGCACCGCCGACGGCCAUGGGAAUUCGGUCCCUAGGUUCCAUAUUACUUGGGGUGCGGGGCCAGAGGUCGUGCGCGUGUUUGCUGAGCCCGUCCAGGAGGCGGCGAAAAAGGGCAUUGUGGAGUUUAAGUUUAGGCAUAGGGUGGACGAGCUAGUUGUCGACGAAAAUGGCAGGGCAUCCGGGGUUCGGGGACGUAUCCUGAAGGAAGAUCCAUCACCCCGAGGAGUAAAAACUACGAGAGAAGAAGUGGGUGACUUUGAGCUCCAUGGCGCGGCGGUGCUUGUUUCGUCCGGAGGUAUCGGAGGUAAUGUGGAAGCGGUAAAGAAAGCGUGGCCUGUCGAUCGCCUUGGCCCAAAGGUACCGCAGAACUUCGUCAUCGGUGUUCCGGCGCACGUCGAUGGUCGGAUGGUAGGGAUCGCGGAGGCGGCUGGUGCGAAUUUCAUCAAUCGCGAUAGGAUGUGGCAUUAUACCGAGGGCUUACAGAACUGGGAUCCAAUCUGGCCAGACCACGGAAUCCGCGUCCUACCGGCGCCCUCGUCGCUCUGGCUAGACGCAACCGGGAAAAGGCUUCCGCCAUUCCUCUUCCCGGGGUGCGACACGUUAGCAACGCUAAAGUACAUAUGCAGCACCGGGUACGACUACACCUGGUUCAUCCUCAACCAGACGAUCAUCGCGCGGGAAUUCGCGCUGUCCGGGUCGGAGCAGAACCCGGACCUGACGGAGAAGAGCAUCUGGCAGGUGUUCAAGAACCGGGUGUUCAGCUCGAAGGGGACGGCGAACGUGCAGAGCUUCCAGAAGCACGGCAAGGACUUCGUCGUGCGGGACAACCUCGAGGACCUGGUCGCGGGGAUGAACGAGAUCGCGAAAUCCGUCGGGGGGCCGGUGCUCGACCCCAAGGCCAUCCGGGAGGUCGUCGAGACGCGCGACGACCAGUUCGUCAACGGCUACUGCAAGGACGCGCAGGCCAUGGCCAUCCGCAACGGCCGCGGGUACUGGCCCGACCUCCGCCGCGUGGCGGCGCCCCACCAGAUCCUCGACCCGAAGCACGGCCCGCUCAUCGCCGUCCACAUGAACCUGCUGACGCGGAAGACGCUCGGCGGGCUGGAGACGAAUCUCGAGAGCAACGUGAUGAAGCCGGACGGCGAGAAGUUCCCGGGCCUGUACGCCGCGGGCGAAGCGGCUGGGUUCGGCGGCGGUGGUGUGCACGGAUAUAACUCGCUCGAGGGCACGUUCCUCGGCGGGUGUAUAUUCUCGGGGAGGGCCGCUGGAAGGGCGAUUGCCGACGAGAUACUUGGGCCUGCUUGAGCGUAGCAGCUUUGAUUUUGAGAUGUGAAUUAAAAUGUAAAUUAUUCGGUCCAAAGGCAUGAUAUGGAACGGUUCUUACUGGUAACGAAUGAAUAAACAAAAUGAAUGCACGUAUUAUAUUAGGUAUAGGU